GCCCAAGAUGGCGGCGUCUGAGGCGACCGGCAGAUACAGGAGCGCCAUGAGCAAAAGCAAGGACCCUUCGGGGCUUCUCAUCUCCGUCAUCAGGACCCUUUCCACCAGCGACGAUGUUGAAGACCGGGAGACGGAGAAGGGCCGCCUGGAAGAGGCGUACGAGAAGUGCGAUCGGGAUUUGGACGAGCUGAUCGUUCAGCACUACACCGAGCUGACGACCGCCAUCCGCACCUACCAGAGCAUCACGGAACGUAUCACCAACUCGCGCAACAAGAUCAAGCAGGUCAAGGAGAAUCUGCUGUCCUGCAAGAUGCUGCUGCACUGCAAGCGGGACGAGCUGCGCAAGCUGUGGAUCGAAGGCAUCGAGCACAAGCAUGUCUUGAAUCUGCUGGACGAGAUCGAGAACAUAAAACACGUCCCCCAGAAGCUGCAGCAGUGCAUGGCCAGCAAGCACUACCUCACCGCAACGGACGUGCUGGUGUCAGCAGUAGAUUCCCUGGAGGGACCCCUCCUUCAAGUGGAGGGAUUGAGUGACCUAAGGUUGGAGCUCCAUAGUAAGAAGAUGAACAUGCACCUGGUCCUAAUAGAUGAAUUGCACCGCCAUCUUUACAUCAAAUCUACCAGUAGAGUUGGCCAACAGAGCAAGGAAAAAGGGAGAAUAAGCUCACUUGUGAAGGACGCCUCUCCUCUGCCUCUUCUUGAUGUGACUAACUUGUCCACUCCUCGCAAGUUCCUCGACUCCUCUCAUUUCAGCACUCCAGGGAACUCCAGUGGGAAAGAUGUCAGUCUGAUAGAAAUCAAGGAAGAUCUGGAGUUGGAUCCUGAGGAGAACAGCCCUGUCUUUAUGGGCAUUCUCAUCAAAGGCCUGGCGAAGCUGAGGAAGAUUCCCGAGACCGUGAAAGCCAUCCAGGAUCGUCUGGAACAGGAGCUGAAGCAGAUCGUGAAGAGGUCCACCACCCAGGUGGCGGACAGUGGCUACCAGAGGGGAGAGAACCUAGUCCAAGAAAACCAGCCCAGGUUACUUCUGGAAUUGCUGGAACUUCUCUUUGACAAAUUCAACGCCGUCGCCACUGCUCAUGCUGUGGUUCUGGGGCAUCUUCAGCAGACUGUGGCUUCUCCGUCCAGUCAGUAUGACGGCGAUAUCAAGUUAUAUGACAUGGCAGAUGUGUGGGUGAAGAUUCAGGAUGUUUUGCAGAUGCUGCUCACCGAGUACUUGGAUAUGAAAAAUACGCGGGCUUCCUCAGAACCCUCAGCUCAGCUGAGCUACGCCAGCUCCGGGAGAGAAUUUGCCGCGUUCUUUGCAAAAAAGAAACCUCAGAGGCCCAAGAACCCCCUUUUCAAAUUUGAGUCAUCUUCUCAUGCCAUUAGCAUGAGUGCUUAUCUGAGAGAGCAGAGGCGGGAGCUGUACAGCAGGAGUGGAGAACUUCAAGGAGGUCCUGAUGACAAUUUGAUAGAAGGCGGCGGGACCAAGUUCGUCUGCAAACCAGGAGCCCGAAACAUCACUGUCAUCUUCCAUCCGCUUCUGAGGUUUAUUCAAGAGAUUGAACACGCUUUGGGUCUCAGCCCAGCUAAGCAAUGCCCACUCCGCGAGUUCCUCACCAUGUAUAUCAAGAACAUCUUCCUCAACCAAGUCCUGGGAGAAAUCAACAAGGAAAUAGAAGGGGUGACCAAGACCACAGACCCACUGAAGAUACUGGCCAACGCGGACACCAUGAAAAUGCUGGGAGUGCAGAGGCCUCUCUUGCAGAGCACAGUGAUUGUGGAAAAAACUGUCCAGGACCUCAUGAACCUGAUGCACGACCUGAGCGCCUACUCGGACCAGUUCCUCAACAUGGUGUGCGUCAAGCUUCAGGAAUACAAGGACACCUGCACGUUGGCCUACAGGAGCAUCGUUCAGUCCGAUGAAAAGCUGGUGAUCAGCGCAUCUUGGGCGAAGGACGACGACAUCAGCCGCCUCUUGAAGUCACUCCCCAAUUGGAUCAACAUGGCCCAGCCCAAGCAGCUGAGACCAAAGAGGGAGGAAGAAGAAGACUUCAUAAGGACUGCCUUUGGCAAGGAGUCUGAAGUCCUCAUUGGGAACCUGGGAGAUAAGCUGAUUCCCCAGCAAGAGAUCCUUCGCGACGUCAGUGACCUAAAGGCCUUGGCUAACAUGCAUGAAAGCUUGGAAUGGCUCUCCAGCCGUAUGAAAGCCGCUUUCUCCAACCUCCCAAUGGCACAGAUGUCUCCUGGCCAAGAUGGACAUGCCAACAUGGACCUCCCGCCGGUUUCUGAGCAGAUCAUGCAAACCCUCACUGAGCUGGCAAGAUCCUUCCAGGAGAUGGCGGACCGCUGCUUGCUGGUCCUGCACUUGGAAGUCAGGGUCCACUGCUUCCACUACUUGAUCCCUUUGGCGAAGCAAGGGAAUUACGCCAUCGUCGCAAACGUGGAGAGCAUGGAUUACGACCCACUGGUGGUGCGGCUCAACAAGGACAUCAGUGCCAUCGAAGAAGCCAUGAGCGCCAGCCUGCAGCAGCACAAGUUCCAGUACAUCUUCGAAGGCCUGGGCCACCUGAUCUCCUGCAUCCUCAUUAAUGGGGCCCAGUACUUCAAGCGCAUCAGCGAGUCAGGCAUCAAGAAAAUGUGCAGGAACAUCUUCAUCCUUCAGCAGAACCUGACCAACAUCACCAUGUCACGGGAGGCCGACCUGGACUUUGCUAGGCAAUACUAUGAGAUGCUGUACAACACGGCGGAUGAGCUUUUGAAUCUGGUGGUCGAUCAAGGGGUGAAAUACACCGAGCUGGAGUACAUCUACGCCCUGAGCUUGCUGCACCGCAGCCAGACGGGCGUGGGCGACCAGACGACCCAGAACAUGCGGCUGCAGCGCCUGAAAGAGAUCAUCUGCGAGCAGGCGGCAAUCAAGCAGGCCACCAAGGACAAGAAGAUCACCACCGUGUGA